AUGGGAAGCAUUCCUCCCCUCAAGGUCGCCAUUAUUGGCGGUGGACCAGGCGGCUUAGGCGCUGCGAUCGAGUUUGGAAAGCUCAAUUAUGUCGAUUGGACUCUUUACGAGAAGAAGCCUGAGAUAAGUGAGACUGGUGGUGGCAUCAGUCUACAGCGCCACACUUGGCGAUUGCUGGAGUUGAUUGGGGCUGCCAAGAAUGUAGACCCAAAUGACUUCUUCAGGGCUGAAGAUGGAACCAGCGGACAAACAAGAAACGGAAGAACUGGCAAGCUACUCGAGCAGAGCAGUCACGCAGCAGAUGUCCCUUUUCAACAACGCAGCUGCCGGCUGGUCCGGGCCAAACUUCAAGCAGCGCUCCUCCAAGAGGUUGACAAAUUUCGGAUCAGGGUGUCAAAAAAGUUGACCAAUAUCGAGAAGUUGCAAAAUGGGAAAAUUAGGAUUGAUUUCGCCGAUGGCUUCACUGAUGAAGUGGAUUUGCUUAUUGGCGCAGAUGGCAUCAGAUCUUUUGUGCGCUCGUUUGCAUUUCCCGACCAUAAGAUCAAGUAUAACGGACAAUCCGCUUAUCGAACCAUCAUCUCUAAAUCUGCCGCCCUCGACAUCGAGGGUAUUCCCAGAUCACCCGUUUUCUGGCAGAACGUUGGUGGAAAAUACGUCUUUACUUGUCCUCUGGGUGGAGAUGACUUUGAGGUUACUGCUCGCAUCCGCCGACCGACUGAGGGCCAAGAACACGUCAGCUGGGGUCGGUCUUUUGACUUCUCGACCAUCGCCUCAGAGUAUGGUGAGUUCUGCAAGCCAGUUCGCAAGGUCAUCCAGCUCGCAGCACAGGGAAAAACGGAGGAGUUUGCGUUAUUCUCGGGUGCGCGACUCGAAAGCGUGAUUUCGCACGACGCCAUCGCCCUUAUCGGAGAUGCAUCCCAUCCACUGUCCGGAGCCUUUGGCGCAGGGGCGGGCUUCGCUCUAGAGGACGUAUAUGCUCUUACCCGAAGCUUGGACUUUACGCGCGUAAAGGGAGAAGGUUUGGCAGAAGCCCUCCAACUAUAUGAUCAGAUCAGAUCGCCGCAUUAUCGAGACUUGUACGGCGUUCUAGACAAUUUUGCAGCUGUCAACUCGAAGCUCUUGGCCGAACAACUUCCGGCUGAUGAUGAAAUCGAGGAAAGGGUUAGAAGAGCUAGCGAGAAGAAAGCUACUUGGAUGUACCAUUACGAGAUAGAUAAAGCAGUAGAGAAGCUUCUGCGCCAUGGACAGUCCGUCCAGCCGGCAGCGCUGCUCUAA